UCUCUACCACACAGACAACACCCCGCCUCCAUGCCGUUUCUACUAUAAAGAUUCCUACUAUAAAGGUUUUUGUCAUUAUACCAAUAUAUAUAUACAUAUAUAUAUAUAUAUAUAUAUAUAUAUAUAUGCAUAUGAAUUUGUGUUCCCUAUACUGUUGAAGCACUUUGUUUAUUACUGGGAGUACUGAAUGUGUGGGUACUGCACGAAAAAGAAGAGUUUCGUCAUCAAUUGAACCAUUCAUAUCAUGGAAGGACUGAAAUAUAUUUUCAUAAUUUUUCUGUUAAAAAUUUACGUCCAUGCAGAAGACCCGAUUAUUCAAACUACUAAAGGUAAGAUUAAAGGAUCAACAGUUUUAAUUCAAGGUGUUGAAGUUGAUGUCUUUCUUGGAAUACCAUUUGCUCAACCUCCCGUUGGUAAUCUAAGAUUUAGACAGGCUCGACCUACUAGACCGUGGUCUGGUGUGAAAGAAACAAAGAAGCAUGUUUCGUCGUGUGUGCAAGUUAAAGACACUGCAUUCGGGGACUUUGAAGGUUCAAAUAUGUGGAAUCCAAACACUGUUAUGAGCGAAGAUUGUCUUUAUUUGAAUAUUUGGGCGCCAUCAGAAGCAAGAAAGUCCCGUUUAAAUUUAGCUACCAUGAUUUGGAUAUAUGGAGGUGCAUUUAUGUCUGGAUCAAGCACGCUGGACAUAUAUGAUGGACGAUGGUUAGCUGCCAGUGAAAAUGUUAUCGUUGCAUCACUAAAUUAUAGAGUAGGACCAUUUGGUUUCCUUUCCUUGAAUGACGUACGUGCCCCCGGUAACAUGGGAUUGUUAGAUCAAACCCUUGCUAUACAAUGGAUUCGUGAUAACAUUUUAUCGUUCGGUGGCAAUCCUAAAAAACUGACACUGUUUGGAGAAAGUGCUGGUUCUGCAUCAGUUAGUCUGCACGUCGUUUCCCCACUUUCUCGGAGUCUUUUCAGGAAUGCUAUUAUGAUGAGUGGUGCGUCAACAGCGGCGUGGGCAACUGUGCCUGUAGAGGACAACAUUGCAAGAGCGAAAGAGAUGGCUGAUUUCCUUAAGUGUCCAACCGAGAACACUACAUUGAUGAUAGAUUGCUUUCUAGAAGCUGAUGCUCAUAAACUAGCAAACGCGCAAUUUCAUAACUUACAUACUUUCCUACCUUAUACUUUCAACCCUAUUGUUGACGGCGCUUUCUUGACACAGAAACCAAUAGAAUAUCUGAAAAAUGAACCACUGAAAAAGGAUGUGUUAGUUGGCUAUGUUAAAAACGAAGGAACUUAUUUUCUUAUCUAUAGUCUAUCGAAAUAUUUCCCCUUGAAAGGAACUGUUCCGAUACACAAAUCUAUCGCAGGCAAAUUGAUUAAUAAGGUAAUCGCACCAUUACGUGCAAAUUCUGUGCAGCUUGAUUUAAUAUCUUAUCUUUAUGGUUCUCAUGUCUACGCUUCUUCUGAAACUGAAAAAUACAGAUACAUAUUGGACCAAGCAGCGGGAGAUGUCUUAUUUAAAUGUCCUGCUAUCGAAUUUGCCCAGGAAUACAGCAAACAUGGCAAGGUUUAUAUGUAUUCUUUCGAAUUUCGAUCGAGUGUAAAUCCUUGGCCGAAAUGGGCCGGUGUGAUGCAUGGGUAUGAGAUUGAAUUCCUAUUUGCUCAAGCGUUAUCUGGAAAAAAUUAUUCAAAAGAAGAAAAUUUAGUGACAAAAAGGACGACAAGUUUUUUUACAAACUUUUCUAAGUCGGGUAAUCCCAAUGAUGGAGAUUGUUCUGGUUGCUCAAAUGAACCAUGGCCAGAAUUCACACUCAAAAACCAAAAAUAUCUUGUGAUUGACGACAAACCAAAACUUGAGACUAAGGAGAAUUAUAUGAACAAUAUAUGCGGCUUUUGGUCAAAUUUCUUCCCCAGCCUAACUGAUCAUAAAUGUCCAGACAUGACAAGUGGCUCACAGACUUUCCAUUGGAGAACUCUGACCUCUUUCGCGUCCAUUUUCUGCUCUUUGAUGCUGUCUUUUAAUAUUUUAUUUUGAUUCUACCUCACUUAUUUACACUAUUCACUUUUAUUUUAUAUUCAUUUUAUGUAUUUUUUCUUUUUAAUAUGGCAAGCGUAUCUAAUUAACAAAA